AUGGCCAGAAAGCCUCCCCCUCCCCUGCACAUCCCGCAGAACAACAACCCCAUUCCGACAGCCAUCACCUCGCCUCUGUCUGGCGUUGACCAGGCUCUUUCGCCGGGCAGCGCUGGAGGCUUUGGCCGCCGUGCUGCUCCGGAGCCCAACAAGCGUGCCCUCUACAUCGGGGGCCUCGACCAGCGCGUAACGGAAGAUGUCCUGCGGCAGAUAUUCGAGACGACUGGCCACGUCCAGAACGUCAAGAUCAUCCCCGACAAGAACCAAAAGGGUUACAACUACGGAUUCGUUGAGUACGACGAUCCUGGUGCGGCCGCCCGCGCUAUGCAAACCUUGAAUGGACGUCGUGUUCACGAAAUCCGCGUUAACUGGGCUUACCAGUCCAACACAACGAGCAAGGAGGACACCUCGAACCACUUCCACAUCUUCGUGGGCGACUUGUCGAACGAGGUCAACGACGAGAUCCUUUCUCAAGCCUUUGCUGCCUUCGGAUCCGUCUCUGAGGCUCGUGUCAUGUGGGAUAUGAAAACUGGCCGAUCCCGGGGUUACGGAUUUGUCGCCUUCCGGGACCGACCUGAUGCGGAGAAGGCUCUGAGCUCCAUGGAUGGCGAAUGGCUGGGUUCCCGCGCUAUCCGCUGCAACUGGGCGAACCAGAAGGGCCAGCCCUCGAUUGCCCAGCAGCAGGCCAUGCAGGCCAUGGGCAUGACCCCGACGACCCCCUUCGGUCACCACCAGUUCCCCGCGCAUGGGAUGGCCUCCUACGAGGUCAUUCUGGCUCAGACCCCGAACUGGCAGACGACCGUCUACGUUGGCAACCUCACUCCUUACACUACCCCUAACGACGUUGUACCGCUCUUCCAAAACUUCGGCUUCGUUGUCGAGUCUCGUUUCCAAGCAGACCGUGGAUUUGCCUUCAUCAAGAUGGAGAGCCACGAGGCUGCCGCUAUGGCCAUUUGCCAGAUGAACGGCUACAACGUCAAUGGCCGGCCCCUGAAAUGCAGCUGGGGCAAGGAUAAGACACCCAACGCUGCGGGUGGCUUCGACCCUGCUCAGCAGGGCUACAGCCCGCAGAGCGCCACUGCUCCUGGUGCCUACCCCGGAACGCCCACUGCGUACUUCCCGCAAUACGGUGCGCAAUACAGCGGCCAGCCUGGUAACUACGGAGGACCGACUGCUCAGUCACCGGCCGGCUACGGAGCUCAACCCAUGGCAUACGGUGGACCCCAGAGUGCAGGUGGCUACGGCCGUGGGCAGCAAGCCCCCAGCGGCCAGUGGCAGCAAGGACCUCAGGGUCAGGCUUUCAACAACGGCUACGGCGGUUACCAAGGUUAAUGUGAAAUCGACUUGUUGCUGUCAUUUCGAUUCGCCGCGGCAGCCUUUCAGUAUGGACGGAGGAUGACCACUGGGGUCUCUGUCCACCAAGACAUCGACCCCAGAGGUACACCGCCAACCCCUUUCUGCGUGGGCAUAUGUCGUUGCCAGGAAAGGCAUGUGUAUGUCGAUGAAUCAUGACGACGACCAUGCUGGUCGUGCGUGACGGCGGAAUACGGGGAUGGAAGUGACGUCGGGGUCGUUUGCUUCCAUCGCACGGUGGUGGAUUUUCAGUUCUUUCUCAUGGACCUCUCCCGUCUUGCUCUCUGGUCCUCUGUCUUCGUCUUCGUCUCUGGCUUUAUCUCUUCCUUGUCAUCUUGCCGUGAUUCACUCUGCCAAAUGCAUGUUUCCAUUCCCCUACUCUGUCAGGCGUGGCUUCAAAAUUUCGAGUUCAUUCGGUCUCCUCUCCCAUUUCUGUCACUCAAGAAACGCAUUCAUAUUUUUCUCUGCUCUACUCGACAAGUCGCUGCUUUCCUCAUCAGACGUUUCUGUUGGAUACCACCUCCGCAAGACGGAACUGUUCAUUAACGAGAUUAUGACUUGUUUUGCAAUACCCAAUUUGCCCGUCGGACUGCGAAGGAGCGGGCACUGGAUGCCAAGCCGAAGAGAGCAAGCUACGAGAUGUGUGCAUUUGACCGGUGGCCGAGACGAGGAGAAGGACAAUGCUGGGGUGCCGCGGGCCCACCAAGUUGGACGGUUUGUUGUUAAAACUGUGUGUUCACAUACUACAUAUUUGUUCGAUAUGUAUCAAAUGAAGGGCGAGUCGCCGCCCGUCACAUUU